GAAUUGUUUUGGCGCCUAAAAUUCUGGACAGUUCAAUAAACGCAAGUGGAAAACAAUUUGAGAGUAAUUUAAACUUUGAAUUUUAUAUUACUGGAUACAUACUAUCGAUUUAUUAUGUUUUAAUCAAGUAUGAUAUGGCCUUUGUAUUAAUAAAAGUAGUAAAAAUUUUAGAUUCUGUCUACUUUUAUUCUAACUGUAUUAUAUGCGGAGGAAGAAUUGAGAUUGAAGGAAAUUUGUGUCGAUGUAGAAAAUGUUUUCGUGGAAGUAAAAAGGAAAGCAUUAAAUUUCGCUAUCGAUUGCAUAUACAAUGCUGUGAUGACACGGGAUAUUUCCCCAUAGCCGUCUUUGGGAGAGGUUUAACCAAUCUAUUUGGAUUAGAGGCGAACGAGUUUAUUAAAUUUACUGAGGGUGUUUACUCUACCCGCUCUAAAGAAGAGGUAGAAGAGCUGAUAAAUGCUUCCGUAAACCGAACUUUUGUAAACGGUCAAUUUCUAGUUUCAUUCCAUGUGAGGAAAAAAUUACCAUGUCAUACAUUGAAAAAAGUCUGCGAAGUGAAUGGCGAUUGUCCCGCUUCUCACGAUAUUAAGAGAGCGACUUUUGAAUCAAACAGAAUAACAGUUAGUGAAUGUUUCAAGCAAUUACUACAAGAUGCAUCACAGAACAUUCAGCCAACUUGUUCGGCAACUUUUCAAUACGAUAUGAUGAGAUCGUUAACAAUACCUCAAAGUCUAAUGAAUAAUAAGCAGACUGGAAAUCCUGCAGUAAAGGAAGCAAACGCAAGAAAUAACUCAAUUAUUGAUGCUACUACAAAUGAUGGAAGUUUUCUGCAAUUUUUUCAAGAUUCUAACCAUAGAUAUGGUAGGACUGAUAGCUUUCUUAAACAAUUUCAAACUCAAGCUGUAGCAGACAAAUCUUACAUCGAUAACACUUUUCUAAACUUCUCAGAACGAAAAGAAACACCCGAUGCUAGUCUAAAUCAGACAAGCAGCUCGAGUGCAAAAUGGACCGAUCAAAGUUUAACUGAUCUAUGGAGUAAAUCAACAUAUAAUCCAUUAACUGCUAGGAAGCAUUACAUCGACAGAUCAGCCGAUUUAUUCUUAGACAGUAGUGAAUCAUCUUCCUUUCUAACAAACAAUUCGCUAUCUACAAAUGAAACUUUCAAUUCUUAUCAAACAUUUACACCCUGCAAUAAGAGUAAUUAUAGCCUAUCAACAUCUACUCCUCAAUACCACCCUAAUAUAAACAGCCCCGAUCUAUUUGCUGAUUCUACAACAGAUUCAUUCGCUGAAAUUACAAUUAAUGAAGAAAACUAGCAUCUACUUGAGGCUACGAGCAGGAACUAAGAAAUAUCACAUAGAAAAUUGACUACCCAAUUUAAGUAAUAGUUUCAACGUUUUUACUUGAGUCUUUUCAAAGUAAAAUAAGACGUUAAAAGAAAAGUUAAGUAAAAACUAAAACAAAUACUUUUUUUUGCUGACAAGGUUAAAUUAAGUUUUUUUCCUCUGAAACCAAUUAAAAUUGAAACCUUUAGAAUUUCACCCUAAUUUUCUGACGGUAAUUCAUUAGUAUUAAGGUAGUGUAACUAAAAGUUAGUGCAUUUUAGUACUAAUUGCAAAGAAAAAGUGAAAGAAUCGAUUAAAAAUAAGAAGAUUUUUUAAAUUCAACAGUAAUGACUUCUUAGGUGUUAACGUAACAGAAACAUUACUUAUUAUACCUAAAAUUUGUUCAAUAGCUACUAAAAGAGGUUUUUUAAACGAUAAUAUCGAUCUAUUCUUACUAUUUAAUUUUUUAAUUUAACUGGAAGAAAUAGAGUAAUUUAUAAUUAAAUUAUUUCAAACUAAACUGCAAAAUUUGAGUAUAUUUUUGCUGUACAAAU